GUUUAAAAAGAGGAAGCGAGCAGAGCAGCUGAAAGCCCCAUGAGCCAUUCUGAGUGAUCCACAGCACCAUGAGAAGGUGAAGCGCCAACAGCAGCCAACUUCACUCAACAAAAGUCUGGAAACGGAGACAAGCAGACUAAUUCUACCACACAGGUCUGAUCAGAGGUUCCACGAUGGCUCAACGCUGCCUCAAGUGUUUAAAGUACACCAUGUGUGCUGCCAACUUCCUAUGCUUUAUGUGUGGCGUGGCGGUGCUGGGCUUUGGUGUGUACAUGAUGGUGAACUUCAAGUUAGCCGCUCUCACCCCCAAACUGAUCAACUUCAACAUAGCCAACAUGCUGCUGAUCAGCGGCAUCAUCAUCACCUGUGUGUCCUUCCUGGGCUUCCUGGGUGCUCUGAAGGAGAACCGCUGUCUCCUGCUGACGUUUUUCCUGUUGCUCUUCCUCCUGAUGCUGGUGGAGCUGAGUGCUGCAUGCCUGAUGCUCUUGUACGAGGAAGAGAUUGCUAAAAUGGUGCAAAAAGGUCUCAACGAGGGUUUGGAAGAAGCAAAAGCAGGAAACUCAACAGCAAUGAGUGACUGGGACCUGGUUCAGGAGACGCUUAAGUGCUGCGGGGUCAAUAAUGCGACGGACUGGGGAAGUCAUGUGCCUCGUUCCUGCUGCCAGAGUGACUGUAACUCUCCAAACCAUGUGUACUUUGAAAAGGGUUGUCUGGAAACACUGAAGACUUUCUUUGAGGAGAAUUUCCUAUUUACCGGCAUUUCUGUCAUUGUUCUCUGCAUCAUCGAGGUCUUGGGAAUGUGUUUCGCCAUGACACUCUUCUGCCACAUUAGUCGAUCUGGACUGGGCUACAAGUUAUAGACAUCAUUACCACAAACUAUAUAUAUGUCUUUUGGUUUGUUUUUUCAUCUCUAGUGUCAUUGUAGUUAUGUCAUUUUUUUAAAAAAAAAUCACAAGCAGGACAAAAAAGGCUUUUUAAAAUACCUUUAGAUCUGAAGAUAUUUCCAGACACGACAAUAUCAUCUUUGUCUUUAUGAUACGAGUUUUUUUUUUUGUGCUCAAAUUUUUUCAUGCUCCUGAAAAAAAAGGUUUUUAAAUGUAUUUCAUUUGUGGCUACUUUGGCCUUCUGUAGCAGUAAGCUCUAGCUUUGUAUAACGCUAUUUCAGUCAUGUGACAUGAUCAUGGGUUCUGUACAUGACUUCCUUGUUGCCAAGUUUUUCUGAAUGUCUCUGCACGGUUUCUACUUUAGAACAUUUUUGAAAAGCAGUCGUUUGUUUAAAAAUACUGCCCAUCUACUGGAACAAGCUUUCACAGACCGUUUACUGACAACGUAUCUGAAAAUACACCAAUAAAGUAUUGUUUACAGCCUGAA